AUGCACAACCCCUCAACCAAAUCCAAAGGAGUGGCCAUACUACUCUCGGAAAAUAUUCAGUUCCACCUGGAAGCAGAGGAGAAGGACCGGGAGGGGAGAUACCUCUUCCUCAAAUGGUAUAUAGGUGACUCUCGAGUCACGCUCGCAAACUUAUAUCUCCCGAACAAAGGUCAAAAAGCGUCCCUGGCCUCUCUCCUAAAAGCCCUGCAUGCGUUCAGUGAAGGGACUGUCAUUAUCAGAGGUGACUUCAACGCCCCCCUGGACCCGAGAGUGGACACGUCAAAAGGAAGCUCCACGAUCCCGGACCACGUCCUCAGGGGCAUAAGGACCCUCCCCUGGCGCACUCUCCACUACGCAUAA